AUGGACGUUAAGAGGCUUGCCGCACCACCACACCCGGCGAUCAGCGUGCACCAACACGCACGAUACCACUACCAACAUCGACUGAGGUGGUUCAACGAUACCGCCAUUCAACUACCUCCGUAUCUAGACGUCCGAAGGUUAACUACAAUCUGCAUAUAUAUGCUCUCAUACAUCUUCUUUUUACUCGCUACUCUCUCAACACCGGAUUCUUCGGCAGCGGAAAGCGCCCAAAUGAUUUGCGUCGAGGGUUCCUCGAGCAAAGCUGAGGAUCAACAUGGGAGCUGGGUUACAUGGAGGAUAUAUUUGCGUACACGAGCAAUGGGGGAAGCGGCUUGGACAGUCAGAGCUGAGGACACAGCUGCAAAGACCAGGGAGAAGAUGCUGAUGGUGAACUUCAUGUUGAUGGUUUCAUACCUGGCCAUAAUCAAAAGACAAUCGUCGACUGUAAUGAAGACUACAUUCCAAAGCCUCCGAUGA